AUGUUUAUUUCAAGUGUCUAUGCCUGGAAAUAAAUAAAAAGAUAUUUUAAAAUGAGAAGUAAUGCUAAACUUAAAACCUUAAGUGUUGCUAUUUCAGUCUUAUUGAUGAUUUUAAAUCAAAGAUUUUUAAUUGGCAAUUGUUCAUCAAUUAUGGAAUGUCUUUACAUAAAUGUAAAUUUGAAUUCAAUCUUAUACCCUUUGAUUUGUAAUACAUUUUUAUUCUUGGGUCCAAUAUACAAUUCAAUUUUGGAGAAAUAUCUCAAAAAUGAAGGCUUUGUAAAUAAAUUUAAUGAAAAUCCUUUUAAAGAUGAUAGAAUGUUAAUAAGAAUAGUAUUGGUAUAAUAAUUUUGUUAAUAAUAAAGGCUCCACUUUUAGAAGAGAUUACAUUUAGAGCAUUAUUUUAUUAAAAUGCAGAAAAUUAGUAUUAAUAUCGUUUAUUAUCUUCAAUUUUAUUUUCACUUGCUCAUUCACAUAAAUUCUUCUCAUUUUUUAAAAAAGAAAGAAAAUUUAGGAGUUUAUAUAAUUAUAAAGAAACAAAUAAAAUUUAAAAUUUUAAGACAUGUUUCACUAAAGCACUUUUAACAACCUGUAUUAAAAUCAUAGUUUAAUUUUAAUAGUAUUUAUUUUAAUGUUCACAUUUAUAUUCGGAUUUUAUGCUGCAUCAGUUUUUCUGAAGACUCGCUCAUUGAUUAGUGUAAUCUUGCUUCAUUCUUAUUGUAAUUAUUUAGGAUUUCCAAAACUUAAAUAGAUUUUUAGUAAUACAAAAGUAAAUAUUAUCAAAAGUAUUAAUUAAUUAUUUAAUUUUUAGUUUUGGUUGUUUAUUUUGUUGGAUUAGUGUUUUUCUAUUAUUUUAUAACUAUGUGA